ACCUCUGCGCACCUUGCAUUACGGAAAAUUCAGUUUUGUUUUCUUCUUACUGUUCCUUUCUCGUUCUUUUUUGGUUUUUGUGUUUGCAAAACGUCAUGAAUUCAGUCUUUAUUUAAUAUUCUCUCAGCCAUGGAAUCUCCGUUUCCGAAAUCAUCCUCCUCUGCUGGCGGCGGCAUCAUCGUCUCAGCUCCGUUGCCGGCGGGAGGCAGCUCACUGCGCACAAUGACAUUUCAAUACCCGUUGAAACUGAUUUCUCCGUCCCCUUCGAGUACGCAUAAAAGUGUACUUGUAUUCUUACUCUCUUACGGCGGCGGGCUUGUUGGUGGUGACAAAGUUGUGCUUGAGGUAACUGUUCUUGCUGGCUCACGACUCAGCUUAGUCACACAAGGUCAUACCAAGAUUUUCAAAUCCCCGUCGCCAGAUGUCAUCACUAGUCAAGUGAUGAACUACAGAAUUGAAAAAGGCGGAGCUUUGUGUCUGCUGCCUGAUCCUGUCCAGCCGUUUGAGGACAGUGUCUAUACACAAACGCAGAAAUUCCAUGCCGAAGAGGGAUCGUCUCUUUGUUUGUUGGACUGGGUUACUCAAGGACGAGGUGCUAGAGGAGAAAACUGGAGUUUUGUCAGUUGGACAGGGCGGAACGAAGUGUGGUUGGCAGCCAGUGACGCAACGGCUGCUGAUCGUUUGCUCGUGCGAGACACAGUCAUCCUGGACGGUGGUGGAGGGCAUUCCGGAGAGGGACCUUUGCGUGACACUAUGAAUAAAAUGGGAUUGGUUGGAACUCUAAUUCUGCGCGGCGAUAUGAUGAAGCCGCUGGGCGACUUCUUUCUAUCAGAAUUUGCUGUUCUUCCACGACUAGGCUCUCGAGAUUUCAGAACAGCAGAAGAUCGACAACAAGAAGACAAAAACAAGACGGAACUUGAACUUUGGCGAUCAGAAAGAUUAGAAGGAGAAAAACGAGAUGGGAUCCUGUGGUCCGCUGCCAAUGUCCGAGGCUGUGUUAUUGUCAAGUUUGGCGCACCAGCCGUUGAGGCGGGACGAGAGUGGAUAGGAAAUAUGAUUGCACAGGAAGGAAGUCUUGAAGAGCUUUUUGGAAAAGGAGCAUUAAUGUGUAUAGAAUAAGGUAAUUAUUACUUGAUGUUUAUGGGCGUUCUGCAUGCGUAUUGUAUACAUAGAGAAAGCUUCACAACAGGAAUCCAUAUCUACAACAACCAACGCUACACUUCAGUUCUAUUAUGUUGUUUUACUGUAUAGUCGAUUCCCAAUAUAUAAACUAAAUAAUUUAUAUCUUUUUAUUACCA